AUGUCAGAAGCAGCUUUUGCUCAACACAUUCUUGCUUCAAUCCAUAACGAAUUGAACUUGCUCAAGUCUCACAAUUACAUUCAACCUCAGGCCUACGAUGAUAUCUUGAGAUUGCUACCCACAGAUGUAAGUAGUCGCAACAUGGCUUCUCCUCCUUUAGCCAUGGGUUUCCCUCCAAGUGCUACUCCUGCUUCUCCAUUUGCCGGUGCCAUGCCAUCUCCUCUGUCCAACAUGGCCCCCUCUCCUGCUGCUGGUGGUGCUGCAAUGCCUCCUCCUCCUGCUUACAAUGCUCCUGCUGAAAAUAAACUCGGUCAUGCUGAGGCACUGUAUGAUUAUUCUGGCGACAACCCAAGUGAUUUGUCAAUUCGUCGUGGUGAUAUUAUUCAAUUAACAGAGCUCAUCAACGACGAUUGGUGGAAGGGAACAUUGAAUGGCAAGACAGGUAUUUUUCCUCGCAAUUAUGUCAAGAAAUUGGAGCCAUCCGAGAAGAGACCUAGCCCCCCUCCUACACCUGCUCGUAAUCAACAGCGGGAUAGCUAUGGCUACUCACCUGCACCCGUCAACAAAGACCCAUAUAGCUAUCCUGCUCCUCCUGGUAGACAAUUGGAAAAGGGAAGCUACGCACCACCACCACCUCAACAACAAAACAGCUAUGCUCCUCCUCCAGCACAAAACAACUCAUAUGCCCAUCCACCCAUUCAAAAUCAAGUCAAUAGUUAUGCCCCUCCUCCUGUUCAGCAGGUUGCUAGCACUUGUUCUGCACCAGCUGCAGUGGAACAACCUCACGAGGAGAAUAAGGCAGCGUCCUUUGGUAAAAAACUGGCGGCAAAUGUUGGUAACGCCGCAACAUGGGGUUUCGGUGCCACGCUCGGUAGCGAUCUCGCUAAUUCCAUCUUUUAA